AUGCAGUCGUGCCGGGGCGCCGCGGCCGGACGCCGAGCCUUCGACAGCAUCUGCCCCAACAGGAUGCUGGCGCCGCGGGGCCGGCCCUUCUGCAAGCCCGGGAAGCUGGAGAGGAAGUUCGCCCCUCCGCGGAAGUCCUUCCCUGGCGGCGGCGGCGGCGGCGGCCCAGCGUCUGUGUACGAGGACCCCCGGGGCGCGGAGCCCGCUGCGCUGCCAGCCCUCACCACCAUAGACCUGCAGGACCUCGCCGACUGCUCCUCGCUACUCGGCUCCGACGCGCCCCCUAGCGGUGACUUGGCCGCCUCGCAGAACCAUUGUCUGCCAACUGCAGAGGACUUCGAUCUGCAGGAGUUCAGGGACACCGUGGAUGACCUCAUUGCAGACUCAUCCUCUUUGAUGUCGCCUCCUCUGGCCGGCGGAGACUUCCCCUUCUCUCCUUGCGACGUAUUGCCAUUUGGGCCCUGUCUCUCUCCGCCGCUGGACCCAAGGGCCCUGCAGUCACCGCCGCUGCGCCCUCCGGACCCGCCCCCGCCGGAGCAGUACUGGAAGGAGGUGGCCGACCAGAACCAGAGGGCGCUGGGGGACGCGCUCGUUGAGAAUAACCAACUGCACGUGACGCUGACCCAGAAACAGGAGGAGAUCGCCUCGCUCAAAGAGCGGAACGUGAAACUGAAGGAACUUGCCAGUCGGACCCGACACCUGGCCUCGGUGCUGGAUAAGCUGAUGAUCACGCAGUCCCGGGAUCGCGGAGCGACGGCCGAGCCCUUCCUGCUCAGGGCGACAGCCAAAAGGAGCCUGGAGGAGUUGUUCAGCGCUGCGGGGCAGGACUGCGCGGAAGUGGACGCCAUCCUGCGGGAGAUUUCCGAGCGCUGCGACGAAGCGCUGCAGAGCCGCGACCCCAAGCGGCUCCGGCUGCAGCCCGAGCCGGCGAGCAGGGAAGGCGUCCCGGGGAACCUGCACGGCGCCUUCCGGGGGCUGCGCACCGACUGCAGCCGGAGCGCGCUCAACUUGAGCCACAGCGAGCUGCAAGAGGGCGGCUCCUUCACCACCCCCAUCCGCAGCCACAGCACCAUCCGCACCCUCGCCUUCCCCCAGGGCAACGCCUUCACCAUCCGGACGGCCAGCGGGGGUUACAAAUUCCGCUGGGUCCCGAGUUGA